AUGUCGGUGGAUAGAAUCUUACAACAAUUACUAGUUAGAUAUGCAACAAGCUUUGGAGGAACUUACAUAGAUAUAAGAAAGAAGCGUUUAAUUGUCCAUACAAUAGACCAUGGGAAGGUCGACGAGAUAAAAUCUCGAAUGAGAGAAAAUGGCAGGUUUUUAUCUUUUGAAAGUGCAACUUACGGUAAAUCCUUGAAAGAUUUAAAGUUCGCAUUUGAUGGGAUAACCAAACUAGCUGUAGAUUAUUACAAAAAUAAAGAUAGUGAACUAAACGCUAACAUUUACAUUAAUGUAAAGGAAAAUAAUGUCGUUGUAACCUUAGCAGACUUUGAUGAAUUAAACAAUCAACCAUUUAUAUCUUCCCUCAUGAGAUAUAACCCUCUUAUGACAAUUUAUUCAAAACACCCACCUGGUCCAGAUAUUUCUAAACGUCAAAGUAAAAUCGGCAGACGUGACAUAUCUAAAAGGAUUUUUAGUGGCGAUGGUUUAUAUAAUGCAGUUGGUAACUUUGAAUGUUCAGCUGGCUUUUUGGCAAAAAGUAAAGAUCUUAAAGAUUAUAUUGUAACUGCUGGUCAUUGUAUUAUAAAAUCUGAUACUCGUAGAUCAAACGACUUUUAUCAUUCUCCAUGGGAUAGACCACCAUCAAAUGAAACAUUAAAUUAUAUUGGGGAAUCUAUAUUUUCUAGUAUAGCACCAUAUGAUUUUGGUUUAAUCCAAGUUUUCGGCAGUGAUUCCAAACUAUCAUUAAGUGAGGUAAAGAACAUAGAUUAUAUCCGUUUUCCACAAUUAUUUAUAACUAAAGUUCUGGCUGUAUCUAGUUAUGGUAUUCAUAUAUGUAAAGCUGGUUUCACUACUCAUCUUACUUGUGGGCAUGUAAAGGGGACUAACGGGAUUGCUAUAUAUGAUGGUAAUAUUAAGAGGACAUUAAUCAUUACAGACAACAUUUCAGAAGUAGGUGAUAGCGGAGGAAGUGUAUUUUCGUUUGCACAAGAUUUACGUUCAGUAGAAUUACUUGGUAUAACCAUCGGAGGUACUUCUACAGAAUCUUUUGUUUUACCAGUAGAUAUAAUUCUCAGAUCAUUCGAAAUACGUAUUGUGACUUCUCAAUGGCGAUUUUCGUCACUUGGGUUUGAACCUUCACUUCAGAGAAAGCAAAGUUCGUCAUUAUUCAAAUUUAGAUGGCAAGAGAUUUAUGGUUAA